UUCAGUUUGACAUUUUCGAUUGACAAGUGCUGUUGUGUUUUUUUAAUCAAGUUCAACACGUGUUUUUAGUUUUUUAACAUGGUGAAAUUAAAGGCAAAAAGUGGAAAGAAGAAAGUACCUGUAGUACUUCAAAAUAAGAAAGAUGAACAAAAUGAAGUAGUUUUGCCUCCGGUUCGAAUGUCUGAUGAUCCGGCACCAAAACAGGUGAAAUGGAUCAACCGGCAAAGGGUUUUAGUGUUCGCUGCACGUGGGAUUAAUCAUCGUCAUCGACAUUUGAUGGAAGAUAUCAAAAAAAUAAUGCCACACCACAAAACAGAAUCCAAGAUGGAAAGAAGUAAAAACUUGUAUGUGGUUAAUGAGAUUAGUGAAAUGAAGAACUGUAACAAGUGCAUUCUCUUUGAGGGCAGGAAGAUGAGAGACCUCUAUUUGUGGAUGUCUAACAUACCUAAUGGGCCCAGUGUUAAAUUCUUGGUUGAAAACAUUUACACAAUGGGUGAACUUAAAAUGACUGGAAACUGUCUAAGGGGAUCCCGGCCUCUGUUAUCCUUUGACCCACAGUUUACUAAAGACCCUCAUUAUGCAUUAUUGAAGGAAUUACUAACACAGACAUUUGGUGUUCCUAAUCAUCACCCCAAGAGUCAGCCAUUCUUUGAUCAUGUAUACACUUUCAUGAUCUUAGAUAAUAGGAUUUGGUUUAGGAAUUACCAAAUCCUUUCUGAAGAUGGUGCAUUAGCUGAAAUCGGACCAAGAUUUGUGUUAAAUCCAGUUAAAAUAUUUUCUGGAUCUUUUGGUGGUACAACACUAUGGGAAAAUCCGAAAUAUAUAAGCCCUGCAAAAUUAAGACAAGCUGCAUCUAAAAAGGCUGGCAGCAAAUAUGAGAGGAGAAUUGAAAAGAAGGCUGUCUAUGAAGCUACUAAACCUGAAACUGGUUAUCCUGAUAUAGAGGGUGCUGACUUCUUCAAAGGUGAUCCUAUGGAAAAGGCUAAAGAAGUUGUUGUCAAAGAAGAGGUAGAAGAACAAGAAAAUUCUAUGCAAGAAGAUGACGAGGAAGGAGGAGAAGAAAGUGAACAGGUAGCAACAAAACCUGCUUUCAGUAUGUUGAUGAAAAAAUCUAAAACAAAUCCUGACAAGACAAUAAGACGUAAACAACUCAAAGCUAAAAGCAAGGCGAUAUCUGAUCAGAUCAAAAAGAGGAAGCAGUUUAAAAAGAAAAAACCUGGUAAAUCGUAAUAAUAAAACUUUAUUUUCCACACAAUGAUUUUUAUUUUGUGUAUGUAUUAUGGAUAGGUAGAACGGAAUUACUUACAUUCUAUUACGGAAGAACAAGAUUGGUAAACAAAUUUAGUAUAAUUAUGGCAUACAAUCAAGGGUAUGGCUUUCGUCGAUUGAUUAGAUCUUCUGAAAUUCGAGACAACACUACUUACCUAUUUUCUAAAUACAUAUUGUUGUGCAAACAGCAUGUAAUGUACAGACUUUGCAAGAGAUUCACUAAAUACACAUUAUAAUCUCUUAUAUUGUAAAAUGAUUAUGCUGGAUUGGAGAAUUAUUGUUUCAAUUGACCUUUUCGCCGCCAACGCACACAAAACGCAAUGCCUCGCCGAGCGCCAAGCUAUAAAAUGUAUAACUAAAUAUACAGUAAACAGUAGUGAUGGGGAUAUCGUCAUAUCGAUGAAUAAGAUUUGUACGCGUAAAGUUAAGAUUUUAAAGUUGAUUUUACGAAAGUAAAUAAAAACUGAUGAAAUAUUUCCAGAUUUGUUUUAUGUCACAGUAUCCUUCAUAAGAAAAAAACAGUAUAAAUUAUGAGUAUUAAAGAAACUAAUACAUAAUUAGAACUAUAAGGAAUGGGGUACAACUCUAUUUGUUUCGUGAUCUCAUUCUUUAACUUCAUAUCAAGGUAUUGGCACUGAGGGCACGUUGAAUUCCUGAUCAGGGAUGGGGUCUAUGGUCUUUCUUCUAUUUUUGUUUAUUCCUGUGUUUUUUUAAUAACUUCAGUCAAAGUUUUUUACCGUAGGUAUCUAAGUGGCAGAAUUUUUAAUUGUUUUUAAAGUGUUUUUUGAAAUGGAAAGUAAGUAUAUAUUUAAAUUCUAUUACCCUUGAAGCCGUGUACUUAUCCAAGCAUUGUUUUUUAAGUUCAUAAUAUCUAC